AUUGUUUUUUUGAAUCCCAACUCACAUGAGAGAUAGUCAUUAUUUUUUUGGAAUCCCAAAGUCAUGUGACUCUAGCGACCAAUCGUAAAUUGCAACGUCACCCCUUACAUUUUGUGCACCAAUGAGAAAGGACCUGUGAGUAUAAAACAGCCCCGCACGGCUCAUUUCUUUCUUUUCUAAUCUGGAAUAGGAUCAGUUUAAACGAUCGUGAUUACUGUUGGAUUACAAUAUAGACUAAGGGGUAGAUGAUGGAAACGCAGACAGACAAAAGGAAUUCCUGGCGAUGCAAACGUUGCGGCAAAAAAAAUACGGAGGAGCAAAUAAUGGGCCAUAUCCUUAAGCACCAUGUGACAUUAGACCGGGUGCCAUUUAGUUGCAGUAUAUGCAGUUUCAGAUGCAACGACAAUAAAACUUUGGUCCGCCAUUUAAAGCACUACAGACGACACGUGGAGGAGGUAACCUCCCGGAAAGGCAGAAUAAGUCUAGACAAGGUUUUGCAACGGUCUGAGAACCCAUACUGGGUGAGCAAGACGGACAUGGAGCCAGUACAAGGAUUAUAUGGGUGCUCCACCAUGUCUGAGUCACCAACAACGGAGAAUGCAGGAUGCGACGAAGAAGGCUUCUUCGCGCCUCAGAAGGAGGAUGUGCUGUCAGCAUGGCUUCUCGACACUUCCACCACUCCCUCUGCUCCAGAACCUGAAGCACUCUCAACCCUACAGUCAUUUCGACGCGUGACUCCAACAAGUCAUGGUUUCGCCGCCACAUCCGUCCGAGUAAGUAAAACGGCCCAAAGAAAUGUCUGCCAUUGACAUUCUGGGUAAGGCUGCAAAAGUAAGUGGGAUGGUGCCUCCCCUGGACGUUUUGGCAAGUCCUGCCAAAAUCGGCAUUCCCUCUGAUCGUACGUCCAGCAACCGUAACAGUAACGCCACACCACAAAUGGACGAAAACAUUUUGCAUGAGCUUCUUCCUGAAAGUGACCGGGCUGACCCACUUUUUCAGGGCAUAGAUGAAGUACCCCGCAAAAGAGCCAGGGUUGAAGGGUCUUCUAGCGACGAAACGAGCCGUGAAGAUCCAAGCAAUGUUGUCACAAUAGCCAUUGGUGAGGCUUCGCAGAUUAUACUCACCGCGUUAGGCAAAUCAAUCGAGACCAGCGAGCGGACAAAUGGAUUGCUGUCGAACCUGGUAACGAUAAUGAAUGUUCUGCAGAACGAUGUUGGACGUUUUGAGCGGAAGGUAACAUCCUUGGACCGCAAAGUUGAGAUUCCAUCUCCAAGGGCCCCAAUGCUGAAAAGGGGAGAAAACAGUAAGAAAUAAAAAUGUGACUUUUGACUGACAGUUUCAAGUGUUAACUACAUAAUUUUGAGUGACAAUUUUGGAUUAUUGAAGUGUUUAAAGUUUGAUCAUUUACUUAAAUUUACAAAAUUGAACUUGAACUUUGGCAACGGAGUGCCAACCUGUUUUCCUACGGAGGGGGUAAUGAUGUUCCUUACACAUUGUUGUUCAGUUAACGAUAUGUACAUCAUAGACAUGUAGCGUUCAUUGUUUUAAUGUACUUACCUGUUUACUUUAUUUCCUGAGCUUAACAUUUUCCAAUUCAUCUGAGUGUCCACAUCUCCAUUAUUUUGUUGAUAGUAACAGCGAGACAUCGGCGAGAAGGCGGUUUCAUAAACGCAUACUUGCCGAUUGAGAAUCACAUGCCAAAAAACGUUAAAUAUUUCCAUUAGAAUUGUGUCCUUUUGGCUUUUGUGUAUAUAAUACAAGGUUAUUAAAAUUAAAUGCUAUUAUAUCAUU